AUGGAAGUGUGGGAGAUUCAUGUGGCUGUGUACCUGCAGGAGAGCCUGUCCCCCGUUCUGCUUCCUCCUUCCUUUUAUAAAAGUUAUGUUUUAGGACUAAAUCUGAUAGAUGGGGAAAAUUAUGAAGACGGUGGGAAAGAGAAGAUAGUCCUGGAUCACUUAACACCAAACGCUGUUGGUCUGCAGAAGGUCCAACAUUGCUUUCUGAAAGAGCCACCCAACUGCAUGAGAGACUGUCUGUCUCCAUCUAGCCACCACCAGCAACCUUCCAUGAAUAGAUCCAAUGGACAGUUGUCACCUCGUGGAGGUGAUGCCCGUCAGCAUCAGAAGAGCUGCCACUGCAACCAUCAAGAGCGCAAGUUAAGCUGCACUGCAACACAACUGCCAGGACACGAAGACAGGAAAACCCUGUGCUCUCAUCAUUCUAGUAUUAAUACUUCUACGGAUGUCUCACAGCAGACCACGGACUGUAUCUGGAAGCAGUGGGCAAAUGACCGGAGGUCAACACAACCAAUGCAGCAUCAUGUAGUAACUGUCAGACAUGAUAAAGCAUUCAGGAUGCCAAAAAGUUACUCUCAGCUGAUAACGGACUGGCCUCUGCCCGUCGUGGCCGUCUGUCUGCUUCUUAUACUGGUGUGUACGUUGGCAGGCCUUCUGGUUGGACAAAUGCCAGACUUUUCCACCCCUUUCAUGGGAUUUGAGCCCAGAAAUACGGAUAUUGGAAGGAAACUGACAACCUGGAAAAAUAUACAGAGCAGUACUGUCUACAGGAAGGUUUUACCUGUCUAUCCGCCUGGUGAGAAAACCAGCUUGGAUGACUUUGAUUUCAGCAGAAGAAAUGAGAAACUGUUUCAAAUAACCAAAAGGGACGCUCGUCAUCGCAGAAUGGUGGAACAAAAAGAUGGAGUAGACGGCUUCUUCUGUGGACCACCGUCUAAGAGUUAUUCACAACUUGUAUUCAUGUCCAAAACCGCAGGAAGUUUAUGGAACCUGCAAGCAAUCCAGUCCAUGUGCCGUAUAGAAAAAGAGAAGAUUCGUUCACAUCCUACCUUCUCAGAGCUGUGUGAACGCAGUGACAACAAGGAGUGCUGUCCUAGCUGGUCUCUUGGAAAUUACAUAUCUGUAUUGUACAACCGGUCUUCUUGCCUGGAAAUCACACAGAGCGACAUUUCCCACACAUUGGUUCUUCUGCGUUCCUGCGCACCAGAUUACCACAGAGGAGCUCUCACCCCCUCCUGCACGGGUUUACAUUCAGAGAGAGAAAAGCAUUCCCAGUGUGCCAAAGUGCCUGAAAAGUGCACGCGAUCCAGCGCAGUUUAUCAGCUGCUCCAUUUUCUAGUUGACAGGGACUUUUUAAGCCCCCAAACUACAGAUUACCAGGUCCCAUCUCUGAAAUACAGCUUGUUGUUUUUACCAGCCAAAAAAGGUUCAUCAAUGAUGGACAUUUAUGUGGACAACUUAGAGUCCUGGGAUCUCAUUGAUAAUUUCACAGCAAUCACUGGAAUGGACUUGGGGCUAAAGCAGAAACUUUUCCAGCACUACCUGGUUUUGGAUACUGUGUAUCCUGUCCUGGCAAUAUUGGCUAUUUUUCUAAGUAUGUCUUUUUAUCUACAUUCCUUUUUUAUUACUUUUAUGGUCCUGACGUCAGUUGUUGGCUCACUGAUGAUUUCCUUCUUUUUGUACAAGCUGGUCUUUCGAAUUACUUUUUUUCCUUUUGUUAACCUCUUUGCAGUUAUCAUCCUCAGUAGUAUUUGUGCUAAUCAUACUUUUGUCUUCUUCGACCUGUGGAAUCUCAGCAAAAUCCAACACUCGGCAACUGGCAUGCAACAAUGGGUAAAACAAACUAUGCACCAUUUUAUAUAUCUUAUGUUAGUAUCUUGUUUGACCACCGGAGCUGCUUUCUAUGCCAGUUACCUGAGUAGCAUUACCUCAAUCCGUUGCUUUUCCAUUUACAUGGGAACAUCUAUACUGGUCAACAUGACAUUCAUGAUUACGUGGCUGCCUGCCACCAUGGUCCUUUAUGAGAGAUAUAUUAGUGUCAACUGCACUUAUAAAUCUGAGGAUUACUGGACCAGCAAUGGACAUAAAAGAGCUUUUUAUAAUUUUUACCAAAAACUUAAGAGUGUACAUGGCACCUUGUCUGAAACAUCUAAACUACUUUUUGAGAAGCUCCUUCCAUGUGGAGUGAUAAAGUUCCGGUACAUCUGGAUUUGUUGGUUUGCUGCACUGGCUGCAGGUGGAUCAUAUAUUGCUUGUGUGAACCCAAAACUGCAAUUGCCAUCUUCAGACGUGUCUUCAGUUCAGGUGUUUCGGCUGAGCCAUCCAUUUGAGAGAUAUGAGGCCGAAUACUGCCACCAGUUUAUGUUUGAACGUCAAGAACAUGGAGAAGGUCAACGUAUGCCAAUUACACUUAUAUGGGGUAUUAUGCCUGUGGAUAAUGGAGACCAUCUUAAUCCAGAGAUGAAUGGGACUCUUAUCAAGGAUACUACUUUUAGCUUCAAAAGUGCUGAUGAUCAGAGAUGGCUUAUGGAACUUUGUCAAAAGGUGAAAAACCAAAGUUUUUACUUUUCUGAUCCGGAUAAAAAGUCAAACAUCUGCUUCAUGGAAGACUUCCACAGGUGGAUGGAAAGCCGACAGUGUUCACAGACUGAUCAAAACCAUAACCUAUGCUGUAACCAAUUUUCAUUUCCUUACUCAAGUGAUUUACUUCUCCACUGCAUAAAAAUGAUGGUAACAGAACAAGGAAGCAGCGGUCCUGAGGCCUAUGAUAUUGGACCCAGAUUUGAUGCUGAAGGUAACCUGACCGCUUUGGUUCUGGAGUUCCAGACGACAUAUCACUACAGUUUCAAUUAUAGCAAAACCAGGAAAUUCUACAAUACCUUAAAUAAAUGGCUGACCAAUGAAUUGAAGAACGCUCCUCAGGGACUGCAGAAUGGCUGGUUUACCAGCAACCUCUCUCUGUUUAGCCUCCAGCACACUCUGAACUCUGAGAUCAUGAUGAUAAUAGGCUUUGCCGUAGCAAUUUCAUUCGUAGUUCUACUGCUUACUACGUGGAAUGUCUUGCUCAGUUUAUUUUCCGUUGCGGCAAUAGGAGGCUCGGUUUUGGUCACUGUCGGCCUCUUAGUUCUUUUGGAGUGGCAAUUAAAUGUGGUAGAAUCCCUGUUUGUUUCUGCAGCUGUUGGUCUAUCUGUUGAUUUCACAGUAAAUUAUUAUAUUUCCUAUCAUUUGUGCCCCCAUUCUGACCGCCUCAGUCGUGUAGCAUUCUCUUUAAAGCAAAUGAGUUGUGCCACAGCAAUGGGAGCUAGUACUAUGUUUUCUGCCGGGGUAAUAUUGUUACCCACAACGGUGUUGGCAUACAGAAAACUGGGAAUUUUUAUAGUGAUGAUUAAAUGCAUUAGCUGUGGUUUUGCCACCUUCUUUUUCCAGACACUUUGUUGCUUCUUUGGCCCAGAAAAGAACUGUGGACAAAUACUGUGGCCUUGUACCAAUGUCUUAAAGGACUGUCCUAAUGACUCAAGGUUAAAUGGUACAUUUGCUUGUGGUGGGAAUGAGAAACAGAGCAGGCUAAGGAAAGUUCAAGAAUCAAACACAGAAAAUGAACAAUAUGAACUUCAGCCUCUGGCCAGGAACUUAAGUGAUAGUUUUGAUAACAGUACUAUAACUAGUAAGCUCUCCAAACGCCCAUCAAUUGUAUCUGAUGAUAUGCAGUUAUCCGACAAUAAGUGCUACAGAAUAGGAUCUCAACACAUUCAGAAAGAAGAAGCUCAAGAUUUUCAGGGUAAUAAAAUUGGAAAAAAAGGUUUUAAUCAAUACCCUGCUUUGCAAACCUCUUCUCCUUACAGGCAAAGUAGCUUUGAAGAUAAGACGAAGGAGUCUGAAGAAUCAUGUAGUCAGUGCAUUUACCAACGGAUGAACAGCAAGACUUGGAAUGGAUCUGUGGUGGAUCAUGUCCAUGUACAUAAUACACAUUCUCAAAAGCAAUGUAGUGACUUAGAAGGCCCUACAAGCUCCAGUCCUGUGCAUUAUUCCCCAGAGAGAAACGUCCAUAUGUUUGAAUACUCCAGGUGCCUCUGUUCAAUGGGUAGUUCCUUUGAUGCCCUUGACUCAAAUGAAACUUGUCUUAGUGAUAUUGACCAGAGUUCUAAACAGGCUGACUCAACAAGCUGCUCGCCCGAUCUUCUUGAUGUACCCGAUUCCCCCUGUCACAGUGAAAGGGGUCACUUGAAUGGGAAAAGAGAAACAUUAAGACUGGCUCUGAGGGAAACAGUCUUUGACUCCCCUAUGCCUUCAAACCAAACUAAUAUGUUAUGGAAAAUGCAGUCCAACCAAGAUAGUGACCCCCCGGUUGUUCUACCUAACAGCAAACCAGAUAUGCCCGAUGUCUGGAUUAAGAGGACUAAUGAUCAUAGUUCUGGCCGUGUUAGCUAAAAUGGUCAUAUACUGUGUAGAGAGGAAUUUAAAGUGUUUUUAAUUGUCCAAUGUCCUGUGGAUACUGGUAAGAAUAGA